CUAUUUAUUAUCUCUCUUCUCCCGUGCACUCUCUCUCUACCUUUCUCUCUCUCUCUAUAAUUCCCGUGCUCUCCUUUUUUCAUUGUCUCUAUCCUCUUUUGGGUCUUCAAGAUUUUCAAUUUCUCAUCUGGGUUUCCAUUCUUGCAAGGUUCAAACGGUAAAAACAGGGAUCAAAAUCGUGGCGUUAAUAUCUAAUUGCAAAGAGCAUGCGGUGGUACAGCUUAUUUGUAGACGUUUAUCGUAAAAUCAUCUCUCUCAACCUCUAUUGUCGCGUGAUUCUGUAAAACCUACCGAAUUCCCAUUAACAUACCCUACAAACCCUUUUCACAUCUCACUAUUUAGCAGCCAUUUUGAACGUUUCAUCCAUGGGAACUAAUUUAUUCGUCGUUAUUCCCUGCUACUGUCGCUGGAUUAGUUGAAUCCGUGUUGAUCAAAACCCGAAACCCGUUCUUUCGCAUUAUUUCAAUUAAAAAUCGAAUCUUUUUCAGUUCUUUGAUCACCGUUUUUGAGAAUAUAUCGUGGGUUAUUUUCUUGUAUUGUUGAUUGCGAUCAUUAGGGGAGUAAAACCACAUAUAACAGUAGGGAAAAAGUAGUUAUGGUGUGUCAAUCAGCUGGGCAAACAAGAUUUCGGGCAUUGAAACAUUUAAAUGGAACCGCUGGGAGCGCCACCAUAAUUGUUAAAGUUAUAGCAUGUUUUCAACCUCUUCAAGAUUGUCAGGCCGAAUACUUUCGUCAUCUGCUUAAACCUGUAACGUAGUUCUGUUUUUCUUUUCCGCUGCUUCAAAUUAAGCUGGAUUUUUUAGUUUUUGUUUUGUUUAGAAGUUUUCAGAAAUCUUUUUACUCGCCCACGCAAUCGUUCAUCGCCUGGUGUUUUUUUUACUGAAUGGAAAAGGGUUUUAGUUCUUGGUCCCGUGACCAGCAAAGCGAUUGGCAAUCGCUCAAUCCGAAUAUAUCGAGUGCCCGGUUCGGUUUAGGGCCUCAAGUUAUGUUCCCGUCGUUCGGGAAUAUGGGUUCGUUACCUGCGCGUCAAGAACCCUGUGGCUGGUUUUAUGGCCUGCCUCGAUACCGUCAGGGUUUGGUCCCUGUUGUCAACUCUACCGUGAAAGAGAAAUCUCCGGUACCGAGCCCCCACGUGGCUCGAGAAACAAACGUUGCACAAAAGAAGUUUCUUGUGUUUGAUCAAUCGGGUGAUCAAACAACUUUGAUAUAUAGUUCGGGUGUCGGGCCCGCUCCGAUACGUUACCAAUUUCCUUCUUCAAACAAUCCAAAACCGCAGUUUGGAUCUGGAUCACACACUGUUAGUAUUGAUGAAUUUAAUAAAGAAAACGAUGGAAAUGAUUCAAAAAGUGAGAUGCGAGAAGAUACCGAAGAGCUUAAUGCAUUACUUUACUCGGAUGAUGAUGACGACGACAAUGCUUAUGAUGAUGAUGACGAUGAAAAAAGUACAGGGCAUUCCCCUGAUUCGGUUACAGUGUUCCAUGAACAUAAACAUAAACAGGAAAUUGAAAGCGGUGAAGAAGAGGAAGUUGCGAGUUCUGGGGGACCCACAAAAAAGCGUAAACGGGAGGACAAGGGUAAUAUUGAGAAUGUACUCGAGGACACUGCAAGUUCAGGGAAAUCGGGGAUCAAUUGUUCGAGUAAUGGAGUGUUCAAUGACGAAUCCGAUAGUUUUUCGUCCGACGGUAAUAAUAAGAGAAUGCGAAAAGAGAAGAUCAAGGAGACUAUAAAUUUGCUUCAAAAUCUGAUUCCUGGUGACAAAAAUGGCAAAAACGCCAUUAUGGUUAUCGAUGAAGCAAUUCAUUACUUGAGAACUUUGAAGGUGAAAGCAAAAGCUUUAGGGCUUGAUUCUCUCUAAGAUGUUAAAGAUUGUUGUAUUUUGUGCUUGCAAAAGGAAGAAUGUGGUUAUUUUUUGUGUAUUUAAGGGUAUUUUGGUAAUUUUGAGGUGGGUUUGUGAUGAAGUUCAAGAUCUUGGCAUAAAGUUAAGAGCUUUAGAGAUCCUCAAGUGAUUUCUUGAAUGAUGAAUGCCAUUGGAUGUUACCAUGUGUGAAAACUACUUGUGUUAGGGGUAAUUUUGUAAAUUUGAUGUGGGGUUGUGGUGAAGGUCAAGAUUUGGGCAUAAAGGUGAAAGCUUUGUGAAGGGAAAGUUUGAAGUCAUCAAAGCAUUCUCAAGGACUGUGGUAGGGAGAGUUUGGUAAUUUUGAAGUGUGGUUGUACUUUAUCAGGGGCAAUUUGGUAAUUUGAUGUGGGGUUGUGAUGAAGAUAAAAAAGGGUCAUAAAGUUUGAUAGUUUUGUGAGGAGAAAGUUAACAACCCAUGCUCAAGUGUUUUGUUGAAUGAUGGAUGAUUAUCAUUCAUGUGUUCUUGCUUUGCAGGGACAGUUUAGUAAUUAUGUAAUUUAGUGUGUGCUUUUGUUUAAUGAUUUUGUGUUGAUUUCUGUUUGGACAUGCUUGUAAUUUCACUGUUGAAGCUUGCUUUUCUUUUUUAUCUA